AUGACCAUCCCCGACGAAGUCGACAUUAUCAUCUGCGGCGGUGGCAGCGCUGGCUGCGUGCCGGCUGGCCGUCUCGCCAACCUGGACCACAACCUCCAGGUUCUCCUGAUCGAGGCAGGAGAGGACAACCUGAACAACCCAUGGGUCUACCGCCCGGGUAUCUACCCUCGUAACAUGAGGCUGGACUCCAAGACCGCCUCGUUCUACUACUCCAGACCGUCGGAAUUCCUGGACGGCCGCCGGGCUAUUGUCCCGUGUGCCAACGUCCUGGGUGGAGGCAGCUCCAUCAACUUCAUGAUGUACACACGAGCGUCGGCCUCGGACUACGAUGACUGGCAGACCAAGGGCUGGUCCACUCGCGAGCUUCUGCCGCUCAUGAAGAAACACGAGACGUAUCAGCGGGCAUGCAACAACCCCGAGAUCCACGGCUUCGAUGGACCGAUCAAGGUUUCGUUCGGCAACUACACCUACCCCAUCAUGCAGGACUUCCUCCGGGCUGCCGAGUCCCUGAACAUUCCGAUUACGGACGAUCUCCAGGACCUGAAGACUGGCCACGGUGCUGAGCACUGGCUCAAGUGGAUCAACCGCGACACCGGCCGCCGAAGCGACGCCGCCCACGCCUACGUCCACAGCACCCGCGCCAAGUACGACAACCUGCACCUCAAGUGCAACACCAAGGUCGACAAGGUCAUCAUCGAGAACGGCCGCGCUGUUGGUGUCGCCACCGUCCCAAGCAAGCCGCUUGGAGGCCAGGACCCGCCACGCAAGAUCUACCGCGCCCGCAAGCAGAUCAUCGUCAGCGGCGGUACCCUCAGCUCUCCUCUCAUCCUGCAGCGCUCGGGUAUCGGAGACCCCGAGAAGCUGCGCCGCGCUGGCAUCAAGCCGCUGGUCGACCUGCCUGGUGUCGGCCGCAACUUCCAGGACCACUACCUCACCUUCGCGGUGUACCGAGCGAAGCCUGAUGUCGAGACGUUCGAUGACUUCGCCCGUGGCGACCCCGAGGUCCAGAAGAGGGUCUUCGACGAAUGGAACCAGAAGGGCACCGGCCCGCUGUCUACUAACGGCAUUGAGGCCGGUGUGAAGAUCCGGCCGACCGAGGAGGAGUUGGCUGAGAUGCGGAAUUGGCCUACUCCCGACUUCGUGACCGCCGGUGGCUGGGACAGCUACUUCAAGGACAAGCCUGACAAGCCAGUCAUGCACUACUCCUGCAUUACUGGCUGGUUCGGUGACCACAUGCUCGUGCCUCCGGGCAAGUUCUUCACCAUGUUCCACUUCCUGGAAUACCCGUUCUCUCGCGGUUGGAUCCAUGUCAACUCGCCCGAUCCAUAUGAGAACCCUGACUUCGACCCUGGUUUCCUGAACGACAAGCGGGAUAUGGCGCCUCUUGUCUGGGGUUACAUCAAGUCUCGUGAGACGGCUCGUCGCAUGGAUGCGUACGCUGGUGAAGUCACGGGGAUGCACCCGCACUUCAACUACGACUCGCCAGCUCGUGCGUUCGACCUCGAUCUCGCGACGACCAACGCGUACGCCGGUCCCAACCACAUCACUGCGGGCAUCCAGCACGGCUCGUGGGCUCACAGGCUGGAGCCCGGCAAGGCUCCUGCGGACAACUACCUUAACUCGCACAAGCAGGUUACGCGCGAGCCGAUCAAGUACUCCAAGAAGGAUAUUGAGCACAUUGAGAAAUGGGACCACCUGGCACUGCCUCGGAACUUGCAGCAUGGCGCCACGGGAGGCAACAAGCUCGCCAAGCACGGUGGUGUUGUCGACGAGCGCCUGAACGUCUACGGCGUCAAGGGCCUGAAGGUCGCAGACCUGUCGAUCUGCCCGGACAACGUCGGCUGCAACACCUACAGCACUGCUCUGCUCGUCGGCGAGAAAGCCGCCGUCCUGACUGCCGAGGACCUUGGCUACUCCGGCUCCGCUCUUGAGAUGCGGGUGCCUAACUACCACGCGCCUGGAGAGGUUACCAACCUGGCCCGUCUUUCAAGAAGACCAAGAUGGCCUAAGCCUGAAUUUAUAUAA